AUGGGGGUUCAGACAGCACCUCGGGUAAUACGGACAGCACUGCGAGCCUUCGGUCGUUGUGUAUACCGGCUCUGUGGUCGUCUCGUGGUGAGGAGGCUUGCUCGAAGUCGUGGUCUUCACUGGUUUGGUCUUGCUUGGCACAUGCUGGUCGAUGUGCUAGACGCUUUGGGUUUCGAAGGAGUUGUAGUGCUUAUUGAGAUCGUCAGGGUGAAAGAUGCCGUCUGUGUCACGGGGCGGGAAGAAGUGAUGCUUGGAAGCUGGAGUGAGGACUUCGAGCCCAUGAGGGAAGUAGUUGAUUCGAUCAACGUAGUGAAGGAUGCUGUGCUUGACAGAGAUUGGAGAGAACUCAGGUCCGGGAGCUGGGACGACGACUGGGGGGACAAGGUCUGGGACGAGCUCUGGGACAAUGUUUGGGACGAGUCCUGGGGCGAGGUCUGGGACGAGUCCUGGGACGAAGGUAAAGACUGGACGGAUCCGGCCGUGGUGGAAGUUGGCAAGACCGACGAAGUAGACACUUCGGAUACCUGUGUGAAGGUUGUCGUUGAGAUAGUAUUGGCAGAAGCGCUGGAGGCGGUGCUUGAGCUAGCGCGCCAGAGCGUAGAAAGCGUGUUCCACGGUGCGAACCAGGAUGUAUCGACCGGCAGACUCGAAGAUGGGGUCCAGGUUGAGUCCCAGCUGGUGACCUGGCUUGUGUUCGCCGGAGGAAGGCAUGGCUCGGCGUUGACCGUCAUGUUUCCGUCAUCUUGUAUCGAAAUCGGCGGUAUUGGACAAGCUAGGAGUGGUCGUUAA